ACAAAUAAAUGACAAGUUGACAACAAUAUCAUAAUUAUUGUUUGAGUUCGACGCUUUCUUUUUACCUUUUAUGUUUUUCGUUGUCCAUCAUUUACGGUGUUUUUACAGCUCCCCUAUAUUUCACUUUCUGGCUGGUUAAUACAGCAAGUCUAUCACCGUCUGUGUUCUUUGGUUUGCUCAACAGACUUCAAUUAUGUCAGAGAGUACCACAGAAUCAUCGGACGCGGAAAGGCGCACCAAGGUAGCGAAGCUUGGGGAAUGUGCGAAGCACCUGCUAUUCUGCGACGAUAUGAGCGAUGUUCAGUUCGCGAUCGGCCGUCAUUAUGGCGUUGAGAAGGUCUUUCCAGCCCACAGGCUCAUAAUGGGUCUUCGCAGCCCUGUAUUCCAUACGAUGUUUUAUGGAAGUCUGCCCGACAGUGGCACAGCUCCCAUCAGUAUUCCCGACAUUAUUCCCGACGUCUUCGCGAAUAUGCUCAGCUACAUCUACACCGAUACCGUCCAGACUUUCACCAAGGAUAACGUGUUCCUCACACUGAGCUGCGCGGAUAGGUAUGACUUGCCAUCGUUGGUAGUCCUGUGCACUGAGUACAUCAUGAAUAAACUCAACGUCAACAACUGCUUGGAUAUUCUGGAUGACGCGGUGCUCUACGCAAGUGCUGCGCCGAGCAUCCUUGAGAAAUGUCUGUCGCUGAUUGAUGAAUCAGCCACAACCAUCUGGAAGUCAGACCAGUUCCGUGCUAUUGGACAAGAGGCGCUUUGCACUAUCCUUCAACGGGACACGUUGACCGCCAAUGAAGACACCAUUUGCGCGUCUGUUGACAAGUGGGCUGAGAAUAUGUGCAAGCGAAAGGCCAUGGACGCUUCUUCGGCAAACCGACGUGAAGUACUGGGCCAAGCGUUUCUUCUCAUCCGCUUUCCGCUCCUGACCGAUGCUCAACUGUUGGAUGGACCUGUGAAGAGCGGUUUGCUGCUGCAAUCGGAUGGCUGGGAUAUCUUACACUACAAGCACGCUACAAUCAAACCGCAGCUGCCGUUCCGUACGGAGCCUCGACAAAACGUGCGCGCUGAGGGUGUUAUCAGCUUUACAAUUCCGGAUGUGAGAAAGAUGCAGGACGCUUUUGCGUUCAGCGAUCCCAUAACGGUCAGAAAGCUGCUGUGGAAGAUAGGGGUUCACAAGCAGACUGACGGUCAGCGUGCUACUCUGUGCUUCUAUCUGAACUGUUCUGGCUCUCCGAGAGCGGCUUCCUGGACGUGCUUGGUUAAGGCAGAGUUCCACCUGCUGCCUUGGAAAACAGGAAUUGCACCACUUAAAAGACCGUUUUCCCGAUUGUUUGCAAAGGACAGCAACUGCUGGGGAUUCCCGCAAUAUAUCUCUAUGGAGGAAUUACUGGAUCCGGCGAAAGGCUACGUCAACCCGGAGGACUUCUCUUUGAGACUGCAGGUUCAAAUGACGGCUGAACUUCCAAGUGGAAUGGAAUGCAUGCAGUGCGCCGGUGGAUGUAUCUGUGUGAGGAACACCGAUCCCGCACAGAAAUGAUAAAAAAUUUUGAUUUAAAACGUUGUGAGUUUCCUCGCAUCUUGAAAUGGCGUUAUCGUUUUCGGGUGGUGCAGAAUUUUGUCCUAAUCCUAGUUGCUAAAUUUCCGGUGAUCCAAGCGCUUAUAAGUUUUGAGAUGCAAUGUUCUGCUGAAUCGGGAAUGUUUCCGGAGUUCUGGUUACGGAUUCUGCUAGUGUUUAUGAAAACGUU